AUGCUUCAACUCGGCACUAUCCUUCACUCCAAGGGCUUCUACAUCACAAUCGCUCACACCCAGUUCAACUUUCCCAACCCACUGAACUACCCUGAUUUCAACUUCUUAGAGAUGUAUGAAGGCUUACAUGAGCAAAAUGUCUCGUCCCACAAUUUUAUAGAUGUGAUAUCGGGUUUUAAUGCCAACUGCAAAGCCCCGCUUCAGGAGUCAUUGGCUCGGAUGAUGGAGAAAGAGGAUCAACAUAAUGCUAUGAUGCUGGAACUGGUAGAACCGCUCAGAUUGAAAGACCUACCAAUUACCAAUUUCAGAGAUUUGGAUGACUUACUGCAACUAAUAGUGAAAGCCCACGAUUCAAGGUCAUCUUCGGCCAUCAUUUGGAACACCAUGGACUGCCUCGAACAAUCAUCAUCGGCACUUCUCCGGCAAGAAUACCAACUUCCAUGGUUUCCUAUCGGUCCUCUGCACAGAACUAUUCCAGCCCCCUCCACCAGCUUAUUGAAAGAGGACCAGAAUUGCAUUUCAUGGAUGGACAAACAAUCACACAACUCUGUCAUCCAUGCAAGCGUGGGAAGCAUAGCCUUCUUGGACAGUAAAGAACUAGCAGAAAUGGUGUGGGGUCUGGCCAACAGUGAGCACCCUUUCUUGUGGGUGGUUCGAACCAACUCCAUAUUAUUGCCAGAAAGUUUCCAAGAAACUGUUGGAGAAAGGGGUUGCAUAACGAAAUGGGCACCCCAAAAGGAGGUCUUGGCACACAGCGCAGUUGGAGGGUUUUGGAGCCAUUGCGGUUGGAACUCAACCAUUGAAAGCAUCUCUGAAGAAGUUCCAACGAUAUGCCAACCAUAUUUUGGGGACCAAAGAGUGAACUCAAGGUACUUGAGCCAAGUAUGGGGUGUAGGGUUGGAAUGGGAGAAUGACAUGAACAGAGGACCAAUAGAGGAAGCUAUAAGAAUGCUUAUGGUGGGCAAAGAAGGGGAAGUGAUAAGACAAAGAACAAAAGAUUUGAAGGUGAAAAUCGAACUUUCUAUGAAGCAAGCCGGUUCUUCCUACAAUUCCUUGAAUGAAUUGGUAGACCAAAUCUUGUCAUUCUAA